AAACAAAUCAUAACAUAACUUUGUUUUGGUGAAUGUAACGACAUGGCAAAAAUGUAUAAACUACUUUUUUACUUGUUAACUCUUAUUAUCGUUACCUUAAUUAAUGCUUGUAAGUCUAACCCCAUUGUAACAACAAAAUUUGGUCAAAUUAAAGGUUUUUCUGGUAAUUAUGGCGAUCAUAAUUACGAAGCCUUCUUGGGUAUCCCAUUUGCUCAGCCACCUUUGGGACAUUUACGCUUCCAAUUGCCACAACCAUUCAAUUCAACUUGGUCAACACCGUACGAAGCAGUGAAUUUUAAAGAUGGUUGUGUUCAAAAUCCUGAAAGUUACUUCAAUUUCAACAUAAGUGAAGAUUGUUUGUAUCUGAAUCUAUGGCGUCCUGAGAUUAAUGAUGAAAAUAACAGCGAACUACUUCCAGUAUUUUAUCUUAUGCAUGGGUCGGGAUACAUAAAGAAAUCAGGAGCCCUGCCUCCUAAUCAAGGCGAUGUGUUAGCUGCAACGCAAAAGAUAAUUGUUGUCAACUCAAACUACCGACUUGGAGCAUUUGGCUUUGCUCAUGGUUCUCAUACUUCAAUGCCUGGAAAUCUGGGUAUUUAUGAUACUUUGACUGUUCUUCGAUGGAUACGUCAUAAUAUCAGAUCAUUUGGUGGUGAUCCUAAUCGUGUUACAUUAGCAGGACAAAGUGCUGGAUCCAAAAUAGCUUCGCUUUUAGCCACUUUGCCUGAUGAAUUUGACUCACAAUCCUUAUUUUCCCGCCUAAUCAUGAUGAGUGGUGUAGCAACAAAUCAAAUACAUGCUGAGAAUGUAUCAGUUGCUUUAGCCAAGACUCGUCUAUUAGCUUCAAAAGUGAACUGCUUGAGUCAAGUUGAUCAAUUUGAAUCAUCAAAUGAAUUGUCUGAUGAGACUAUUGACUGCUUAAAGAAAGUUGAUGCUAGUGAUUUAUUGAAGGCGCAAAAUUCAGAGGAUAUCACAGCUAUUGGUUGUUCAGAGAUCUCGGUAUUUUUACCAGUUUAUGGAACAGAUUUAAUACCAGAUCAGCCAAUGAUAAAUCAUGCCAGACAAAUUGAAUCAAUCAAAGAUAAACCCAUGUUGUUUGGAGCAGAACAAGAUGAAGCUACACUUUUCGUAGCAGUCAGCUGUGUAUUCUCGUUGAGUGAUGCUUAUGCAUACAUCACAAAACGGGUUUCUUUCGCAAUCAAAGAUAUAAAACCUGAUCAAAUUGAUUACUUUUAUAAACAUUACUUCAAUGAUGCUGAUCCAAGUGAUUCUUACGAUAUAAGAUCAAGAUGUGUUAAACUGUGUUCCGAUAUGAAUUACAACUGUCCAUCAUUGAUAUUGUCUGAAUUUUUCUCACAGGAAAAUCCGGACAUCCAUUUCUUUCUCAAUACUUAUGUUGGUGAAAAGCUGGCUCAGAAUGAUGGAAGAUUAUAUGGAACUUUGCAUGGUGAUGAUGUUAAAUUUGGAUUGGGAGAUCCGAUAAGACAAUACAACUUGUACACGCCAAAUGAUAGAAAAUUCAGUCAAUUUUUCCUCAAUUUGUUUGGUAAUUUCACUAAAGGCUUAAAUUUUGAUGAUUGGCCAUCCAUUGCAGUAGACAUGAACGAUUAUGAAUCUCUACAAAUCAUUAAAAAGUUGAACUUGCCUCCUACCAAUAUAGUCGAUCAUGAUCAACAAAUCUGUAUAAAAUGGGCAGAAUUAUUCAAUUACUCCAUUCCACAAUUCCAAACUUCUGAUAAAAACCAAGAAAUCGAAUCGAAACUCUUAAAUAAUAUUGCAUAUUAAGUAAUUUUGACAAUAAACGUCUUUAUCCAAUUUCUAAAAAUCUGACUCCUGAAUAGUGGAAGUAUCAUGAAUGUUUUAUCAAAUAAAUCGCUUUACUUUUCAUUCA